AUGGAAAUUGACAGCAGGUUUCUGAGCACUGGCCUCCUCCUAUUUGCCACAAUCCUUGUGGCAAAACUCAUCUCAGCCUUCAUAGUGCCCAAAUCCAGGAAGAGGGUGCCCCCAUUUGUGAAGGGGUGGCCUUUGAUUGGAGGGCUUGUCCGUUUCCUGAAGGGUCCAAUCUUUAUGCUCCGUGAGGAGUACCCUAAGCUUGGGAGUGUCUUCACCCUCAAACUCUUCCACAAGAACAUCACCUUCCUCAUUGGCCCUGAGGUCUCUGCACACUUCUUCAAGGCCCCAGAGACUGAUCUCAGCCAGCAAGAGGUGUACCAGUUCAAUGUGCCAACUUUUGGACCUGGGGUGGUCUUUGAUGUUGAUUACUCUGUGAGACAGGAACAGUUCAGGUUCUUCACUGAGGCUCUUAGGGUCAACAAACUCAAGAGUUAUGUCAAUCAGAUGGUUGCAGAAGCAGAGGACUAUUUCUCAAAGUGGGGACCAAGUGGUGAGGUUGAUUUGAAGUAUGAGCUUGAGCAUCUGAUCAUCUUGACAGCCAGUAGAUGUCUCUUGGGCCGUGAAGUUCGGGACAAGCUCUUCGAUGAUGUCUCUGCAUUGUUCCAUGAUCUUGAUAAUGGGAUGCUUCCAAUCAGUGUGCUCUUCCCAUACCUGCCUAUCCCAGCUCACAAGCGCCGUGAUCAGGCACGCAAGAAGCUUGCUGAAAUCUUUGCAACCAUCAUAGCUUCUCGCAAAAGUUCCAGCAAAUCAGAAGAUGACAUGCUGCAGUGCUUCAUCGACUCAAAAUACAAAGAUGGUCGUCCAACUACUGAAGCUGAAGUGACUGGACUCCUCAUUGCUGCUCUUUUUGCGGGUCAACACACAAGUUCAAUUACCUCCACUUGGACUGGGGCAUAUCUGCUGUGUAACAACCAGUAUCUUUCAGCUGUGCAGGAGGAGCAGAAGCAGUUGAUGGAAAAGCAUGGGGACAGAGUUGAUCAUGAUGUUUUGGCUGAAAUGGAUGUGUUGUAUAGGUGCAUCAAAGAAGCCUUGAGACUCCACCCUCCUCUAAUCAUGCUGCUGAGGAGCUCUCACAGUGAUUUUAGUGUCACAACACGAGAGGGGAAGGAGUAUGACAUUCCCAAGGGUCAUAUAAUUGCCACAUCACCUGCUUUUGCUAACAGGCUAGGUCACAUUUUCAAGGACCCUGACAGGUAUGAUCCCGAUCGAUUUUCUGUUGGGAGGGAAGAGGACAAGGUGGCAGGUGCAUUCUCGUACAUUUCGUUUGGAGGGGGCAGACAUGGAUGCCUUGGGGAGCCAUUUGCAUAUCUGCAGAUUAAAGCAAUAUGGACUCAUCUGCUGAGGAAUUUUGAACUGGAGUUGGUGUCACCUUUCCCUGAGAUUGACUGGAAUGCCAUGGUUGUAGGAGUGAAGGGAAAAGUGAUGGUCCGAUAUAAGCGGAAGGAGCUUCCAAUUAAUCAAUAG